AUGGCAGUUUCCCUCCCGAUUCUUGCCAGUGCCCUGGCUUUGACCUUAUCCCGCAAGCAAUUGAAGAAAAAACACGCUUGCCUCCCCCCACAACGCCUACCCCAAAAGGAUCCCUUUCUCGGAACCGACGUGGUACGUGCCAAUCUGGCUGCCGCCAAGAAUCAUGGCCUUUUGGAUUUGCUCAGAAUACGACAUGCCAAGCAUGGUCGCACAUUCACAACAAACACCUUUUUCCGCACUACCAUCAACACGUGCGAUCCAAGAGUCCUGCAGUCUGUCCUGUCAUUGCAGUUUGACGACUUUGGCAUGGGUCCGCUCAGGAGCAAGAGCGCGUCACCACUCCUCGGAAAUGGCAUCUUCACAACCGAUAACGAAGUGUGGUCCCACCAGAGGGCCCUGAUCCGACCGAGUUUUGUCCGAGGUCAGAUAACGGAUUUUAGUAUUUUCGAGACGCGUGUGGACCAGCUUAUCCAGCUCAUUGCCAAGGAAAAUUACACCGUUGAUCUGCAGCACUUGCUCUUCCGCAUGAUACUCGAUUCCAAUAGUGAAUACUUGUUUGGAGAGCCGAUCGGGCUUCUGGCUUCUGACGGGUCUGGCUCUGCCCAGUCAUUCCACGAUGCUCUUGAUGUUGCUCAAAAAGGCAUCAUUUAUCGCCUGAGACUCGGGUCCCUCAUGUUUAUCCAUCGAGAUUCGAAAUUCGAAAAAGCGUGUGCAGAGGUACAUGCCUAUGCCGACCAGUUUGUUACAAAAGCACUCGCGUUCCGACGGCAGCAAGCUUUGUAUCCGGAAAAAUGCCUCGACCAAGGCUCGAAAAAGAACUACGUCUUUAUCAACGAACUGGCUAAAGCUACCGAGAACCCCAUCGUACUGCGUGAUCAGAUUGUCAAUAUGCUUCUUGCGGCACGCGAUACAACCGCUGGCCUGAUAACUUUUACCUUCUUUGUGCUCGCUCGGGACCGGAGAGUCUGGGACAAGCUGCGGAAGGAGGUCCUCGCCUGUUGGACAUAUCCUCUUAACUACGACGCCGUUCAGAGUAUGACUUAUCUGCGAUAUGUGAUUCACGAAACACUUCGCCUGUUCCCUCCCAUCUCUACCAAUAGCCGUAUGGCGAACAAGGACACGGUAAUUCCUUUUGGUGGCGGCCCUGAUGGUAAUUCACCUCUAUUUGUUGCGCGUAACAAUGUCGUCUCGUACAGCACUUUCGUAAUGCACAGGCGAGAAGAGUUUUUCGGGCCCGAUGCGCUGGAGUUCCGACCGGAGAGAUGGGAGGAGUUGCGACCCGGAUGGGAGUUUUUGCCAUUUAACGGAGGCCCGCGGAUCUGUCCUGGGCAGAAAUUUGCGCUGAUCGAGUCGUCGUACACGGUUGCCAGGCUAGUGCAAGCGUUUUCCAGCAUCGAGAACUUGGACUCGCAGGAUUUUAAGGAGCACAUAACUUUGUCGUUGACGCUUGAUAAUGGAUUGAAAUGUAGACUGGUGCCAGCUGAGAUACCCUAG